GGAGGAGAGGCAGCUUCUGGAGACUCUGACCCAUCAACGCUGGGCAAGGAUUCAGCAGCCAAGAUGUGGACUCUCUGGGUCCUGACCAUCAUGUCAAGCAUCCAAGCAGGAACAUUUGACCUGCUGGAAUCAACCCCAGCAUUGGGCAGCCUUCCUGCUGUACCACAACCUCUGCCCAGCCUCAGUACUCUCCCUCUUAACUUGCCAAGCUCCUCAGGACUCAAAACUUCCUCAACCAAGCGAGUCCCACCUCCCCAGAAGCGACCAGUCCCCUCCAAAGGUGGCAAGUGUGCACCUGUGGUCAGAUACUUUGUAUCAAGCAACAAAAUUGAGGAGUAUCUGAUGAACACACUGCCUCCACAGAUCGAGCAGAUGGUGACAUGUGAGGAGAUAGAAUUGGGAGGCGUGCUCGGUACCGUGUUAUCCACAGUGGACAAGGCUGACCUGCUCUCAACCUUAGAUAUCUCUUCACUCCUAAGUGUUGGAGGAGGCCUUGGACUCAAUGGUCUCCUAGGCAACGGAGGUGAUGGUGGGUCUGCAAAGAAACCAUCACUGUCCAAGGCUACUGCUGGUCUUGGUCAGCUGCUCCCAGGGGGCCAGGAGGGCCUGGGCAGAGUGCUAUCCCUCGGUGGAGACAAGGGCACUGGAAAAGGACUCCUGGACGGAGAGGGGCUCUCCAAUCUCCAGAAGCCCCUGGAUGACGUGGUUGGAAAAGUGGGUGACGUAAAAGAAUCUGCCCAGGAUGUGGUCAAGGAUGUCCUCCCGUCAAGUGUCAAAGAUCCAGUCUCAGACCUGCUGAAUAUCAAAACACAAGAACUCCUGCUGAAAUUAACUGUCCAAGGAGCCACUGUGGACAGCACGGAGAUAACCAUCGAGGAUGAUGAGAUCCACGUCCACUCUGAAGCCACGGCCACCAUAGGGGGACAGGGCGCACUGGGACCUGCUAUCAGUCUACUGGGAUUUGGGGCCAAGAUGGGUGUGACUCUGAAAAUUGGAAUCUCCUCCAACAACACCCAAUGUGUCACCCUGGAAGUCCAAGAUAAACAUAUCCAGAUCAACCAAGUGACCAUUCAGUUAGUAGAGACGCUCGAAGGAACUCUGCCUCUCCCUGUGCCUCUGCCCUUGAGUGAUGUCAUCUCAACAGUGAUGACAGUACAAAUCAAUGAGAAUCUAAAGAACUCCAGCUCCUGUGCCAUUGUCCUCAGUGACUUCAAUGACUGCAAGAACACUACCGGCUUAUUCAAGUACAAAGUUCAAAGUGCCAAGAUUUCCCCCAAAGGACUCGCCGUCUUCUAUUGUGCUGAAGUUGUCUUAGGCAAAAAUACAGUCCCUGUUCCUGGAGGUCGCCUUCCUCCAGAUUCUAAACCUGCCAACAUUUCGCUAACUAUGUCCAACAUGAUGUACAAGCAACUGAUCACUUAUGCUGCCAAGCAGAGCUCUGUCAAGAUGAAUGACCUGGAAGCAAAUGUCACCAAAGUGGUCUACGCCUUCCAGAAAAACGGAUCCCUUCGAGCCUUUUAUGGAGUUGACAUAAAAAAGGAUGGCGAGAGCUAUGCCACCGGGAAAACAAAAUUAACCAUUUCCCAUGCAAGCAAGAUUUCAAAAACCAAGAUGGUGCCAGACAUCAAAAUCACAAGAUAUGAGCACAGCGUGGAACACACUGAGGAUAAGGGAGAUGCAGAAGGCAUUCUGCCUGAAUUGUUAAAGAAGUUCUGGUCUAUUAUUAAUGAAUUGCUUAAACAAGUGAAUGUCCCAGAAGGAGUGUCUUCAUACACCUUAAGGGAUGCCAUUGUUAAGUCACUGAAAUCGAAUGAUCUUCAGGCAGCAAACUGAACCCAGCACAACUGAAGUCAGGCAAAGUACCAAUGAAAAUCAAACCCUCUACAAGACUUUCCCAGGAAAUAUUAAACCAACAACAUCCUUAUGAUUAAGGAAAUAAGUAGCAUUAGUCUUCUUAGCAGGCCCAGGACCCUUUAGAAUUUCACCAGCUGUCAAGGAGAACAACUCAGGGAAAUGGGCACUGUUGUAAUCAACU